AACCAUUCAGUUGAAGACAUUGCUAGUGAGCACUUACUAUUCUGUGAGCAAUGGCUUUAACACUAGACAAAAAAUCUGUUGGUACCUUUUUCAUGCUUUUCUUGACAUGCAUAUGUCGUGCCUCGUCACGCACUCUCUCUGAGUCUUCCAUUGCCACACAGCAUGAAGAGUGGAUGGCCAUGCACGACCGUGUUUACGCUGACAGUGCAGAGAAGGACAGGCGCCAGCAGAUAUUCAAGGAGAAUUUGGAGUUCAUAGAGAAACACAACAACGAAGGAAAAAAGAGGUACAAUUUAAGCCUAAACAGUUUUGCUGAUUUGACUAACGAAGAAUUCGUUGCUUCUCACACGGGAGCUCUCUAUAAGCCACCAACUCAACUAGGGUCGUUCAAGAUUAACCACAGUCUUGGCUUCCAUAAGAUGAGUGUCGGUGACAUUGAGGCAAGCUUGGAUUGGAGAAAGAGAGGAGCUGUUAAUGAUAUUAAGAACCAAGGCAGAUGUGGGAGUUGCUGGGCAUUUUCAGCUGUGGCAGCUGUUGAGGGAAUCAACCAAAUAAAAAAUGGCCAGUUGGUUUCAUUGUCUGAGCAAAAUUUGGUGGAUUGUGCCAGCAAUGACGGGUGCCAUGGACAAUACGUGGAAAAAGCCUUCGACUAUAUUCGUGACUAUGGUCUUGCAAAUGAAGAAGAAUACCCUUACGUGGAAACAGUUGGAACUUGUAGUGGCAAUUCCAACCCUGCAAUUCAGAUCAGAGGUUACCAAAGUGUAACUCCCCAGAACGAGGAGCAACUUCUAACUGCAGUGGCCUCUCAACCUGUCUCGGUGCUCCUUGAAGCCAAGGGACAAGGGUUUCAGUUUUACUCAGGAGGAGUUUUCAGUGGCGAGUGUGGAACUGAACUUAACCAUGCAGUUACCAUUGUUGGGUAUGGUGAGGAGGCUGAGGGAAAAUACUGGCUCAUAAGGAAUUCAUGGGGCAAAAGUUGGGGUGAGGGUGGUUACAUGAAGCUUAUGAGGGACACUGGUAACCCUCAAGGUCUUUGCGGCAUUAACAUGCAAGCCUCUUAUCCGUUUCUUUAAAUAUGUGUUAGAGCACAUUACCCUAAAAUAAAAAAAUAUUAUUAAGUUAAUUAAUCCACCAGUAAUCCUUAUGUAAUGCUGCAAUGUACGUAGCAUCUAUGAGAUCAUGAUCUUAGAUCAGAUCAUAUGUUUACCACAUUAUAUUCGUUAAGAGAAAAAUUUAUUGACUACCACUUGUAAUUUUCUAUACAUCUUUUAUAAUUUUACUGUUUGAUCAGUCUAUUC